CUAUGCAUUCAGUGUGAGAGAGCUUCCCACUUGUAGAGAGAGAAAGACCCCCAAUUUUAGAGAGAGAAAAAUCCCACCCCUCUGUGGUUAGAGAGAGAUGUCAGGAAGAGGAAAGGGAGGAAAGGGCCUGGGAAAGGGAGGAGCAAAGAGGCACAGGAAGGUCUUGAGAGAUAACAUUCAGGGGAUCACUAAGCCUGCAAUUCGGCGUUUGGCUCGAAGGGGCGGAGUGAAGAGGAUCAGUGGUUUGAUCUAUGAAGAAACCAGAGGGGUCUUGAAGAUUUUUCUUGAAAAUGUUAUUCGCGAUGCUGUUACCUACACCGAGCAUGCAAGGAGGAAGACUGUGACCGCCAUGGAUGUGGUCUAUGCUCUCAAGAGGCAGGGGAGGACCCUCUAUGGCUUUGGGGGUUAAUGUUCCAACUUUCAGAGAGCUUCCCCCGUUUUGUCUCUUUCUCUCUCGAAAAUGGUGUCUUUGUGCAAGAUAUAGCCCAAUUUGUAUCCGUAAAAGAAAAGGGUUUUGGAAUUGAUAAGAGGCGGUUUCUAAGUCUUUUCUGUAUAUAUUUUUUGUAAAUGUCCACGGGGUUUUUCUUUUUUAAAGAUCAUAUUAUCAAGAUGAAUAAGAAAAUUACGCUA